AUGCCAUUUGCUCCAUUUGUCGGAGUUAAUCACCAUGGUCAGUCCAUUUUGCUUGGUUGUGGGUUGUUGUCUAGUGAAGACACUAACACAUUUGCUUGGCUAUUCAAGUCAUGGUUAAGUUGCAUGUCAAAUCAUCCGCCAAAAGCUAUCAUAACUGAUCAGUGUAGAGCUAUACAAAAUGCUAUAGAAAUUGUGUUUCCACAAGCUCGACAUCGAUGGUGCUUAUGGCAUAUCAUGAAGAAAAUUCCGGAGAAGUUGAAAGGAUAUGCUCAAUAUGAAGCCAUAAAGUUGGCUAUGCAAAAUGCAGUUUAUGACUGUUUGACAAGAGCUGAAUUUGAGAGUAAAUGGGAAGAGAUGCUUGCAACAUUCAAUCUUUAUGAUAAUGAGUGGUUGGGGGUACUAUAUGAUGAGCGGAAUCGAUGGGUACCUGUUUAUGUUAAAGACAUUUUUUGGGCUGGCAUGUCAACUACACAACGAAGUGAAAGUAUGAAUGCGUUUUUUGAUGGAUAUGUAAAUCCAAAAACUACAUUGAAGCAAUUCGUUGAACAAUAUGACAAUGCCUUGAGAAAUAAGGUAGAGAAAGAGAAGCAAGCAGACUUCAAGUCUCGACACAAAUUGUUUGAUUGCCUAACUAUAUACGGGUUUGAAAAACAAUUUCAGCAAGCCUACACCAAUGCGAAAUUCAAUGAAGUUCAAGGACAGAUGGAGAGAUUAGUUUACUGUCAGGCGGUGAUUGUGAAAGAGGAGGGAUCAAUUUGUACAUAUAAUGUCCAAGAAGCGAUGGUAGUUUCUGAGAAGAUGAAGCAUGUGGACUUUGUUGUCUAUUUUAAUUCAACUGAAUGUGAAGUUCAAUGCAUAUCAAUAUUGGAGUAUUUCAGUGGUGUGGGUUAUGGUCUACCAUUCAAGCAAGAUAGUUAUGAUAGAGAAUACGCAAGCAUCAAAACCACAUAUACCGGCUUUGGGAAUGAUUUCAAUGCAAGUACCUAUGAGAGGAUGAACAAAACAUUUAUUGCCAUUGUACAACUUGCUGGUAACUCUGAAGGCAAAACUAGAAUUGUAGAGCUUGGGUUGGAUGAAAUCAAGGAGAGAGUCAUGAAAGAAGAAUCCGGUUAUAGGAGUAAUUUACCAUGUUCAACAAGAAGUCCGAUUCACACCGGUUCUAUACAAGGAGGUACUAGUAGGAAAGUGAUUAGUCCUUUGGUUGCUAGGCGAAGAGGUCGUCCAGUUACGAAACGGAAGGUUGCCAAAGUAGAUCAAAUUGUUAAUCGGUUCAAGGCAACAGCAAAAAAACAAACAAAAGCAAAGGCUGCUAAGUUGCUCCGAUUUGAAGCUCAAGCUCAAGCUCAAGCUCAAGCUCAAACACCGUAUUAUCCUUAUAUGGUUGGCACAGAAAAUAGUAUGUAUGUACCAGUGGCCCAUGGUAUUGGAGGCACAUCUCUUACUCCAUCAGACUUCAUAAGUGGCACACAGGGAAGUUUAAUGAGUGCUCCAACUCAGAUUUAUGGUUCUGCAUCGGGAAACUUGGAUAUUACAGACUUGUUUGACUAG